AUGGAGGUUCCGGAAGAAAUGAUGAUAAACAUAAUCGUAAGAUUACCUCUGCAAAGUAUCGUUAGAUUCAAGUUGGUGUGUAGGGAAUGGAAAUCACUUACGGAAUCUGCAUUUUUCAACGAUCUCUACCAAAGUAUCUCCAAUUCAACCUCUUCUAAUUGGCCAAUACUACAUGGAAGUUAUAGAUGUACGACUUCUUAUUUGGAGGAAGUACAACUAAAUCUACCACGAGAGCCAUGGCAUGGUAAUUCUCAUAACUGGUCUUUCACAAGUGGAGUGAUCCGCAAGUAUACUCAAAACAAUAACAAAAUCAAAGAGAUUUGGGUUGUGGCUUGCGCUGAUGGAUUGGUUUUGCUGUGUCUGCUUGAUGAGGACAUGACGAAACGUUACUACAUUGGUAAUCCUAUGUUACAACAAUGGAUUCAACUAUCCCCUCCUCCUUAUCUUACUCAAUACCAUUUCUUCAUUGAUUCGGGACUUGUCACACGAAUGCACAAUGGUGCCCUCUUGAGUUACAAGGUGAUUCGAGUAUAUAGCGAAGCACGACACCUCGAUGUUUCUAGAACGUGGACAUUUCAGAUUUAUUCGUCGGAGAUGGGAAAAUGGAGUGUUCAACACGUCUCUUGUCCUGGUGAUGGUGUGUCACAACAGACAUCUAAUCCCGUUUCUUUGAAUGGGAAACUUCACUGGUUCCAUGAGUCCCGUCGUAUUAUGGUUCAUGAUUUCUUCUCUCAUGAUGAUCAAGUGCGGGAAAUAUGCCUACCCGCAAGGAUGCUAGGCAGUCGGUGGCAUCUAAGCUGUAUAAGACAUGGUUGCGCCUCUCCAUGCAAUAAGAUAAUCUGCACCACCUCACAAGGAUAUUUUGUGCUUAUUGAAGCUGGAUUGAUAGACAAGGUCAAGAGCUAUAAUGUUAGGGUUUGGAGACUCAAGAGUGAUUCAUGGAAUUGGGAAAAGGCAUGGGAAAUCAACAUGGCAUGUGUGGGGCUUGGCCUUAACUCUGUUCCAAUGGCAAUCAACUAUUUUGAUAUCAACAUCAUCUACCUAUGGGACUUAGACCGCAAAUUUUUCAUCGCUUGUAAUCUUCGAACACAUACAAAGUCUCAUGGAAAUCGUAAACAUGGCCCCCCUUACAAGGAAGAUACUAUGUGCUUGGAGUCACGUUCGUGCAUUUCGCAAUUUGUUCCAUCCUUGCAAGUCGUACCUACAUUAGGAACCCAUGAUGACAUUGACCUAGUUCUUGCUCUAUAUUAG